CCCAGACCCAGUAGUCUUCUGAACGCAACAUUCAGAUAAUCGCUUCCCUUAUUUUUUUUUUAAUCUUUUUAUUUUCCCUCUUUUUUAAUACAAGCCCAGUUUUCCACUUUCUGUACCGAGAUUUUCCCGAGAAAAUCCUAGUCUGGUGCUUUCAUCAGUCCCAAAUUCAAUCCCAUCCAUCACUAAGCCUUUGCUAUCUCCACCUGAAGGUAAGCCCCUUUCUUCGCUUUCCUAGUCGGUUCUCUUAUUUUCAUCAUCUGGGUCAGCGUGUUACAUCUGGGUGCCCUUCUUAAAUGCCACUCAAUUCGCUGUGCUAUUCUAGUACUAGCAAUAAUCUACUUUCAGAUAAAAUUAUUACUGUUGGGUGAUUGGUGUGUCCAGAUGAUGUCUCCUCCAAGAAGAAAGAAAUGGACUGAAGCAGAAGAGAGAACCCUAAUCUCAAAGUAUGGAGAGAUGGUAUCUGAUGGAACCCUCGCCAAGAUGAAAACCCGUGAGAAGAAAUUCCAACCCAUUGCUUGUUAUGUCAAUUCGGUGCACCAUGCUCGCGAUUCUAUCGCGUACCCUUGGCAAUGGACUUGGAAGGACGUGUCCACCAAGGUCCAGAACAUGAGGCACCAGUACUUGCUUGUCAAGCAAAAGAUCAAGAAGCCUGAUUCUGAGAAUUCCGGCGCGGGGGACUGUAAUAAUAGGGAGGAAUUUGAUUGGGUGGAGGGACAUACUCAUUGGUCGAAUUUUUUGAGGUACAAAGAGGUUUUCGGGGACGUGCCAAUAGGGAAUGGGAGUAAUGCCGAUUUGGCGACGGUGAUGAAUGGUGAGAAUGGUGGGGGUUUCAUGGAGAGGGGGAUGGAUAUGGUGGGGUUUGGAACAAUGGAUAAUGAUGGGAACGGGGAUUUUCCAGUGGCAGGGAUCAAUGGCAUUGAGAAUGGGGUGAUGGGUUUUGGUUUUGAGUACGAUGGAGAGGAAAUGGAGGAGAAUUAUAAUGGGAAUGAUCAGGUUAGGGAGGGCAGGGACGCUGGUUUUGUGUAUGAAGAAGUAAAUAUGAAUGGGUCCAAUUCAAAGAAGAAGAGGAAGGUGUUGAAAGGUUUGGAAAGGAAAGCAUGGGGGUUUCUUGCAAACCAGUUGGGGCAGUUGAGGGAAUUGGAGGCUCGGUUUGAGCAGCGUGAGCUGGAGAGAGAGCGUGAGAGGCAAAGGAGAGAGAGUGUCCGUUUGGAGGUGGAGAAAGAAUGGGAACGAAAAUGGGAAGAGAGUGAAAAGGAGAUGGAAGAGCGAGAGAAGGCUAAGGAGAAGUUGAGGAAGCAGAGAAUUCGAGAAUGGGAAGCUCUGGAGAAGGAGAGUGACGAGAGGGAAAGAAGAAGAAGAGAGGAAGAGUUGAAUCAUGAGAGAGAAUGGCAGGAGAGGAUGAAUAGAAGGUCAGAAUGGAAGAAGAGGAUUGAUGAUUUGCUGAAUCAGCAUCGGGCAGACAUGAGCCAGAUUCAGACCCGAAUUCUUCAUGAGCAGCAAAACCUCACCAACCAGUUGCUUGGGAUUGUCUCUCAAUGGACCGCUCAUCCAGCUGGGCUUUCUGAUCAUACUAGUGCUAGCAACCAUUAUCUUUCACAGAUGAUGCAGAAUCUACAUCAUGUAAAUGGUAUGGUUCAUGGAGAUACAAGGGUUGAGGGAGAUAAUCAAGAUGAUCAAUUCAUUGUUGAUGGGUGAGGUGUUUUUUGAACGAACAUUUUCUGCAUGUCCAGCUGAAGCUAUUAGAGGAUGAUUAUGGUCACGUGAAGAAGUGUAAAGGUCAGAGAAUUGUUGAGUACAUUCUAAUGUGGACUUUCUUCAACUAGAUGGGUUGCAAUAGUCUCUUUGUGAGUCUCAUCCCUACCAGGCCAGGCGGAAAUGACAACCACUUGGAAUGAGGAUGCUGCAGACCACUUUCAUCAUUUGUGAAAGUGACUCUUUUCAGUGAGUAGCUAGAGUUUAGAUUAAUGUGGUGGCAUCUCUAACUUGUUUCAUGAGAUGAAAAGUAGUGGGUGUACUUCAUCAGGUAUGACAUCCAUGCUUUUGUACAUUGGUUAUGCAUUCCUUCUAUUUAUUUAUUUCUCUUUUGAUUCUUUCACCUUUUCUGGGGGUUGGGGUGGUUGGAGAAUGCUUUGUUGGGCUAGCUUGUGCAUACAAUUGUUUAUGUUAAACUCUUUGUGCUGCUAAACUUUUAUUGUGUAAAUUAACUAGAAUUUGCAUCCACAGUGUCCACUUCAUUAAAUCGCUACUAGACCGAGACAAACAAUAGUUAUUAUUUGGAGGGUAGAAGUACCUUAGAAGAAUAUCAUCUUUGAUGAGCAUUGAACAAUUCAAACUGAAAAGUCUUAAUUGAACAUACAAACAGACACUUGUGCACAGGUUGAAGACUUGAUGCAUUUGAAACUCUGAAAUCACAUACUAUUGAACCUACAUUAAAUUCCAUCCUUGUAUCUACUCAAAUAUGCAAUGAUGUAUGAAAAUGUUUAGUUAUGCCAGUGAAAUAUUUGUAUUUAGUAAUUUGUGGUAUUUGGCCUGCCUCACUGAAUGACUGUGGCUUGUUAAGUGAGCUACUUCAAUCACCCGGGCAAAUUUGAACUCUAGCCCCUGUUUAGCUUCUUGUGAAAAUUUGAACUCUGGCCCAAAUUAGUAAACAGAUCUCCUACUUGUGUACAACUGUUAAGGUCUUUUUUUUCUUGUUGUUUUCCUAAUUCUUCUCUUUUUUUAAAAGAAAAAAUGGUUGGGGAGGGUUGUAGCAUGCUGAAUGCAGUUGCAAUACAAAUAUUGACUUUGAACUCAUUACAAUGUGGAGUUGGGGGUGUAACUACUGCUGUAUAAGAAUUUCACUUUUGGGGACCUACCUGACAGACUGAUGAAGAAAUGUAUGAGAGGCAUUCAGGGUCAUCAAUAAUUUUAUUUGAGAGGGCAUUUUCAGCCAUUGCAUUCUGUUAGGGUAAGCAAUCUGUUGUAAGUUUCAUUUCAAGAUGUGCAAGGCCAAAAGUUUUCAUUCAUGAAGGCCGUCUGUAAUACCCAAUAGAAACCCUGAAAUUUUAUUCAUUGAUCACGUAUAAAUCCCUUUAAUAUGAACCAUGCAAGCUCCUUAACAGUGAUAUGAUUUGAAAUGUUUGGAACAUUCCCAUUGACAACGGACAGCUUUGCUGUCCAUGAUUCGUGUUUCCUUAUUUGCUUUGAUGUCCAUAAUCCUUGUUUCCUUAUUUCAGCUUUCCUUAUUUUACUUAUGUUUGUACAGUUGCAUACAACUUUGAUAGACAGAAUAUAUUUUCCAUGUAUAGGGCUAGAAUCAUUUGGAAACUUACUUACUUACUUCUUUCCAUGUAUAGCAUUCUUGUAAGAGUGUAAUACCUGGGAGAGAGAACAUUUUUAAGGGAGAGAAAAUCCUCUCCGUACACUUUUUUUCUUUCCAGUUUGUUUUUUCCUUUUCUCUUCAAGCUUAGAUGGUAUCCAUGAUUGGAUGAACUUGAUUAUUUUGGUGGGGAGGAGAAAUGGCUUCUGCGAAAGUUGUUGUUAUUGAGCUUAAAACUUUUGAAGUUUUUAGGGAGGGAAGGUGGUUGAUCAUUACAGAAAGUGGGUAGAGGCUUGUGAGAAGCCUAAGAAUGGAGCUAGCCACUACAAGGUGGUUUAGCAAGGCUUUGGAGGAUGGCAUAAAGGGAAGGAGGAAGAGUUUUUAUGCUAGCCAUCAGGAAGGUGACAAGGGAUUUAUUGUGCAGAGGUGCACAAAUAUUCAAGGUGCUUUCAUGGCGUUAGAAGAGCAUCGAGGUGGUGGUCGUUGUAACAACAUUAUGGUUCCUGAGGAUAGAGAUGGAAGGGAAUGGAGGAAACUGGCAGAGGUAGUAAGGGACGUGGCUCGGUCUGGUGGCCAGGCACCACGGGAUGCUCGGUCCGUUGGUCAGGAUCUAUCAGCGACAUCGGCUCCUCAGUCGUACAAGGAAGCCCUCCAACAAUAGGGUUCCUUUGUCUCAUCCCAUCACUGGGACAAAAGGCCUGUCAAUGGCGUCGUUUCUGCAAAGAACCAGAGGCGUGAGGAGGAUGACAGGAGUAGUGUUGGCCUGCAAAAGGAAAGAGCUCUUCGGUUAUUAACUGAUAUGGAAAAACAAAUGGGUGAGUUGCAUUUAAACUUGACUUGGAUUAAACGGUGUGUUGAAGUUAAUGGGUGGGGACUGGACCCAAGCAGGGGGGAUGGGUCAAGUUGAGGGAGCUAGGCCCAAGUCUCAAUCCAAGGGCAAGGGCCCUUUAUUUGAAUUACUCCUUGGAGCCUCAAUUGGGCCACGGGAAGGAGCUGGGCCUUCCAAGGGGAAGGGCCCAACUCACGGGCAAAAGCCCGCUAGGCCUUUCAGGCCUUCUGCCGGCUUAGUGUGGCAUUGACGUGGGGUUUCUCUUCCCCCCGCAGUUGUGGAUCGCAGCGAGGGAGGUGGGGGUGAACCUCAGAUGCCGGCGAAGCCGGUGGUUUUUUAGCCCUUUCCAAUUCCAGUUGGAGCUGCCAUAGUUGUUUCACUACCUGUCUCCAGUUGCGACACGUUGGGAUUGGCACAGAGUGGGUCACUUGAGGAUGCAGGGUCUUCAACGGUAGUCGUGGCUCCCAUCCCAACGCCGGCGACUAUUCUACUACCUCCAGAGACGCCGUACGAAGCAGUUUUCUUAAGUUUUUCCUCAAAACUUGAGUGGGGAACACUUACAGAACAGGCCAUUGGAGUUAGGAGAGCCCUCGACGGCAGUUGUUGCUCCAUCUCCUCUGCAGGUGGUUGUCUUGCCUUCUGAGGGGGUGCCGAUGGGAAGUAAAGAGCCUGUUUAGACUCAGCCGUGGGAGGUAAUACACGGCUCUGCUUUGGUAGUGUCCUUGGUAGAAAAUGGGCCUUCUGUUGAGGAACCAACUCCUCUUUGCACAGUUUCCCCUAACCUAGACUUGUCUACAUCGGAGUGGGUAUUUAAGAAGGUUGAGGAGAUGUAUUCUUCUCUCGGUAUUUCUUGUGUGGGCUAUGAGGAUCAAUUUAGAGCCCUUCUUAUUGUUAUUGAAAAUAAUAGUUCGAAGUUGACCAAGAAGAAAGCAAGGGAACUUAAAAGGCUUUCUUGCUCCAUCAACUAUGAAGCUAAAGAAGGGGGUGGUGGUAUAGAUAGAUUGAAAGGGAGGGGCGCUAUUUGUAACUAUGAAGCCUAAGAUAUUAUCGUGGAAUGUGAGGUGGCUGAAUGAUUGCAAUAAACGACUUCGUAUAAGAUCUUUAUUGCAGUCAUGGAAAAUGGAUGUUGUGUGUUUUCAAGAAACUAAGUUGAGGGUAAUGGAUAGAAGAAUAAUUCGUAGCUUGUGGGGGUUUUCAUACGUCGGGUGGUCCUACUUGGCAUCGCUAGGUGCUUCUGGGGAGGUUCUUUUAAUGUGGGACAAAAGAGUGGUGAAGUCGGUUGAGGAAUGUGUUGGAAAUUUUUCGAUUGCUUGUUGCUUUAAAAAUACAAUUGAUGGAUGGGAAUGGGCCUUUGCGGAUACUUAUGGUCCAAAUUUGGAUAGUGAGAGGAGGCGACUAGGGGAGGAGUUGGCAGAUUUUAUUUAUUUAUGGGAGGUGUCGUGGUGCAUAGGGGAAGAUUUUAAUAUUCGCUUCCCCAGCGAGCCAUCGGGGACUCAUCACCACUCAACAGCCAUGGAGGAGUUCUCGGAGUUUGUAUUUGAUUUAGAUCUUAUGGACCUCCCUCUCCUCGGGGGUGAGUUCACAUGGUCUAAUGGUCGGGGAUGGUCAAGAUUAGAUCGGUUCCUUGUCUCCCCGUCAUGGGAGGUGUAUUUUCGUGAACUUUCUCAGAAAAUGUUGCCCCAUGUGUGUUCCGACCAUUUCCCUAUUGUGUUAGAUUGUGGAUGUAUUAUUGGUAGACGCAGACCUUUCAAGUUUGAAAAUAUGUGGUUAGCGGUGGAGGGUUUUGUAGAUAAGGUAUGUUCAUGGCAGUCCUCUUAUAUGUUUACAGGCAAUCCCAGUUUCAUCCUAGCCUGCAAGCUCAAAGCUUUGAAACAAGAUCUCAAGAAGUGGAAUUUGGAAGUGUUUGGUAGCAUUGAUAAUCAAAAGAAUACCCUUAUGGAGGAAUUACAAGAUUUUGAGGCUAGGAAACUAACAGGAGACCUCUCGGAGGAGGCCCUUGCUAGGAAAAGGGUGGUUGUAAGUGAGCUGGAGAAGGUGUUAUUAAUGGAAGAGAUUUCGUGGCGAUAAAAAUCCAGAACCCUUUGGCUAAAAGAGGGUGAUAAAUGUAUAAAGUUCUACCAUAAAGUGGCGAAUUCACAUUGACACAGUAACACUAUUGAGACACUCCACUCAGCUACUCGAGUGCUUUCAUCCUCUGAUGAGUUGGAAAAUCACAUUGUGCAGCAUUUUGAAACCCUCCUUUCGGAACCGGUACACUUGAGGCCAAAACUUGAUGGCUUUCUUUUCAAGUCUAUUGAUUCACAAAGUGCAAAUGGUUUGGAAAGGGAGUUUAGGAAGAUGAGGUGUUCAAGGUUAUUCAUAGCAUGGCAAAGGACAAGGCACCGGGCCCAGAUGGAUUCUCGAUGGGAUUCUUCCAAAUUUGUUGGGAUGUAGUGAAAGGUGAUAUCAUGCAAAUCUUUGUAGAAUUCCACUCUUUCCAUAAAUUUGAGAAAAGCCUCAAUGCGACAUUCAUUGCUCUUAUUCCAAAAAAACAUAGGGCUAAGGUAAUUGAAGAUUUUCGCCCUAUAAGCAUCGUGAGUGGAGUCUACAAAAUAAUCUCCAAGGUUCUGGUAAAUAGGCUUAGCUCGAUGAUGGAGCAUAUUAUCUCUAAGUCCCAAAAUGCCUUCAUUAGGGGGAGACAGAUUCUGGAUUCGGUGCUUAUUGCCAAUGAGUGCUUGGAUCAUAGGUUGUAGGAAGGCGUUCCAGGUAUUCUUUGCAAGCUUGAUAUGGAAAAGGCCUAUGACCAUGUGAAUUGGGAUUUCCUCCUUUACUUGCUCAGUAGGUGUGGUUUUGGUGAUAGGUGGAUCUUAUGGAUCCGCUAUUGUAUUUCUACCUUCCAGUUUUCAGUGUUAGUUAAUGGCACUCCUGCUGGGUUCUUUAAUAGCACACGUGGUCUGAGGCAGGGGGAUUCCUUAUCACCUCUCCUGUUUGUUAUUGUUAUGGAGGCACUUGGUCAGUUGAUGAAGGCUGCUGUUGGCAGAGGUUACUUAUCUAGUUUCUCGGUCGGUAAUGGCACAAAUGGGCCUACUUCACUCUCUCAUCUCUUAUUUGCAGAUGAUACCCUCUUAUUUUGUGAUGCGGAUUCUGGUCAGAUUCUAUAUCUAUGAGCUCUCUUGUUAUGCUUUGAAACAGUGUCGGGCCUCAAGGUUAAUCUUAGCAAAUCCAAGAUGGUUGCGGUGGGUGUGGUGCCUAAUAUUAACAGCUUGGCGCAGCUGUUGGAUUGCAAGAUGUCUUCUUUGCCUAUGCAAUAUUUGGGUCUCCCGUUGGGGGCUAACUUUAAGGCUCAAGCCAGUUGGGAUGGGGUGGUGGAGAAAGUUGAGAGGAAGCUUGCUAGGUGGAAACGGAUGUAUCUAUCGAAAGGGGGGUGACAUACUUUAAUUAAGAGUUCCUUAACCAAUCUUUCCACUUUUUUCCUUUCACUCUUUUCUUUGCCUGCAAGGGUGGCGACUAGAAUUGAGAGACUAUUAUGGGCUUCUCUGUUUUUUUUGUGGGGGGGGGGAAUGGGGGAGAAAACAAAAUUCCACCUAGUUAACUGGAACAAGGCUUGUUCUCCUAUUCCAAAUGGAGGCUUGGGGAUAUGUAAUUUGCGAAUGUUCAAUAAAGCUUUAUUAGGUAAAUGGUUAUGGAGGUACCACCUAGAGGGGAACACACUAUGGAAGGAAAUUAUUGAUUCUAGACAUGGGAGCAAGUGGGGAGGCUGUUGCUCCAAUGAAGUAAGGGGGAGACAUGGUGUGGGCCUAUGGAAAUUUAUUAAGAGGGGUUGGCAGGCGUUUGAAAGCCACUUACGAUUUGUGGUGGGAGAUGGUUCCAGAAUCAAGUUUUGGCAUGAUGUUUGGUAUGAAGAGUGUGUGUUGUACAGGGCAUUUUCAGCACUCUAUAGUAUUGCAGCUAACAGAGAGGCCUUUGUUGCAGAUAUGCGGGUAUUCUCCCAUGGAUCUUAUCAGUGGAACGUUCUUUUUAAUAGAAAUAUUCACGAUUGGGAAUUGUAGGCUGUCUAAUUUCCUCAGGUUGCUCUAUUCCAAGGGAAAUAAUACGGCUCAAGAAGAUAGGUUGCAAUGGAAGGCUAAUGGUAGUAAAAAAUGUACAGUCAGGACCUACUACAAGAUUUUGUCAAUCCAUGGCCAUGUUUCAUUUCCAUGUAAGAGGAUUUGGAGAUCACGGGUGUCUACUAAGGUUGCCUUUUUCGUAUGGACUACUGCUUUUGGGAAGAUCUUGACUACGGACAAUUUGAGGAAGAGGGGAAUCAUAGUGAUGCAUUGGUGCUACCUGUGUAAAAAAAUGGAGAAUUUGUAGAUCACUUACUAUUGCAUUGUGAGGUCACAAGGGGGCUAUGGAAUGAGAUCUUUAGAAGAAUGGAUAUUGCUUGGGUAAUGCCUUCACGGGUGGUGGAUUUAUUGGCCUGUUGGAAGGAGUUUCAAGGCUAUCCUCAAGUGGCGGCAGUGUGGAAGAUGAUCCCGUUGUGUAUCAUGUUGUGUACAUGGUCGGAGAGGAAUGAGAGAUGCUUUGAAGAUAGGGAACGCACAAUGGAGGAGCUUCAGAAUUUAUUUAUGCGCACUUUAAUGCUGUGGUUUUCAGCCAUUGUACUUGAUAGAAACAAUGUCCAUGAUUUUCUUUCUUUAGCUAGAAUGUAAUUAGGUGUUUUUUUUGUAUACUUCAUGUGUACACGAGCUAUGCCUACUUAAUUCGUAUGAAUAAAAUUCUCUUAUUACUUAUUAAAAAAAAAAAAAAAGCAUUCUUGUAAAGUCUAUAUAUGAUAUACAGAACACUCAAGGCCAGUUAACACGGCUAUUUUAUACAAUAUUGACAUGGUAUCAAGAGCCGACUGCUAAGGUUAUUGUCUCUCUUGAAUUGUUUUUCUCAGUUUCAGUUUCUCUCUUGUGUUUCGGAAUCUCUCUUGGUGCACCUGAGGUCCUGACAUCACAGUUUCUUUUUCUUAGUGUUCUGUUCUCUGGUUUGGUGCUUUUUGGCAGGAUCGGUUUCAGUACUGGGUAUUUUUGGCACCUCUCAGAUCAUUGGUGAUUUUCGGCAGUUCUGUGUUUGGUCUGGGCAUUGUCAACUUCUUCUCAGACUUUUCGGCACUUCUCUUUUCUGGUUUGGGUGUUUCGGCACCUCUGUUUUUUGUUUGGAAAUUUUUGGCACGUCUAUAUCUUUGUGGCAGUCGCAGCAACUCGUGGAAUUUUUCAGCUUUUGUUAUAUUUUUGGUACUAGGUCCAUAACCUUUUUUGUUUUGGUCUCCUUUAUUUUCUGCUAUUUUGCUUUGUCUUGGGUUCCAUUUUUUUGCAAUGGACUCCGCACCUGCAUGUGUCAAUUUUACGGGCAAAAAUUACUCUACCUGGACAUUUCUGCUUGAACUUUUCCUCAAGGGAAAAGACCUUGGGGGUCAUAUUGAUGGCACAGAUGUUGCACAAACAUCCAUCAUUGACAAAUCCGAGGAUUUUGGCUAUUCUCCUUCAUGGGCUGUGCUUGAUGCUUGGAUCAUGUCUUGGCUUCUUGGUUCGAUGGAGCCACAUAUUUUACUUAUGCUUGUACAGUUAGCAUACAACUUUCACAAAAUAUAGUUUCCAUAUAUAGGGCUAGAAUUAUUUGGAAACUUACUUCUUUCCAUGUAUAGCAUUCUUGUAAAGUCUAUAUAUAAUAUACAGAACACUCAAGGCUAGUUAACAUGGCUAUUUCAUACAAUCUUGACACCCAUCGCUUAUAGAAAUAAGUUUCUCGCUUCAUUUUGAACUAUUGAGUCUUCUGAUUCUGCCUCUCAUUUUGGUAGAGAACUUGCUUCUCACUUCUUUUAGGAACAGUGAGCCUUCUGGGUCUUAGAAUUAUUGAAGAGAACUCGCUGUUCUGUUCUCAUCCUUUUUUUAAUAGAAUUUCGUUAUGUCAAUGACCCACGGAAACUUCACUACAUUUUUUGUUGUGCAUUCUCUCUGAACUAGACUACAACAAGAUCAUGAUUCUUAGAGCUAAUUCAGUAUCUGAUACUGUUCUUCUAGUUGUCCUCUCACCAUUGCUUUUAUUCCUCAGAUUCGACAAGGUAGAAAUAUUAAGGGUGCAGUCACUGCAGUGCCAACGAAAUUCAAAGGAGUAGAUAAAGAUGGCCAGCAUGGACAUUACACCAGCAGCUAAGUGGAAAGUCUUGGAAAUGGUGACAGAAGAAGCUUACCCAAGCAGGCAAUUAUUUUUCGUCAUUCCGGAUGUUCAUUAUUUAAAUUGGGUUGGGCAUCAUAGAAGACUUAUGGGUGGGUUGAUUGAUAAUAGUGGCAAUUUGUUACCGUGACCCAUAAUACUGAUCAGAAUCAGUCGGUUUGAAUUGGAUUUGGGGAUUAACCUGCACUUUAUCUGGUAGGUUAGGUUUGGAUAGUAAGUUGAGAUGAGAUUAGUUAAAAUGAAAGUUGAAAGUUAAAAAAAAUAUUAUUUUUUAAUAUUAUUAUUAUUUUAAGAUUUGAAAAAGUUGAAUUGUUUAUUGUAUUUUAUGUGGAAAUUUGUAAAAGUUGUAAUGAUGAGAUGAGAUAGGUUAGGAGUAUUUUUCAAUCCAAAUUGAUUAAUUGCCACCCAUGGUCAGGAAUUCUUGGAGAGUUUUUAGACAUGCUUAUGUAUGUAUUUCAUCCCUUGUUUUGACAUUGGUAGUGUUUGUCGGACACUUGAAAAUAUUAGAUAAUUCAUCAGAAGAAUGCUUUUAAAAAAAAAAAAAACCAGAAAAUUUAUUGCAGAAUAUUCCUUUGUGUGGCAAUGCUUUAUGCAGAAAUUAAUAAUUUUGGUUUUCCUAUAUUCUCUGUAAUGGAUUUCGACUUUAGGCUCGGCUCAAUUUCUUUAUAAUGGUAUACCAAAUUUGUCAGUUUGGCAAGUCUGGUUUUACUGAAAACAUUCCUUGUUGACCAGAAAACAUCACAUCCCUAUCAUUUACCUCUCUACGAGUGCCCGUUGAAUUUGGAAUUUUCCUGUUUUCAACUGCCUGUAGCUGAUCCAUGUUCUGAGAUUUGUUGAAACAAUUAUGAUGAUAAUUAAUAAGGCUUUACCUCUGUUGCUGAUAUUUAUAUGCUGUUAACAUUAUGAUGUGACUUUCUAGCUUCUUGAAGAGGUAUUCGAUCGGGUCAACUUUCAAAUUGCAUCCAUAUGAAAGAUGCUACCUAUAUAUCUAUGGUGGUGAGUUUGGAUAGAGCGGAAUGCAAGAAGGUUUGAAGAUUAAGAGCGAUCGAUGGAAAAGCUUAGAAAUUUGUUUUUCUAUACUCUACUUCAUUGGUCCAUUGUAAUUGAUUUUCAUGGCAUGUCUUUUCAUGAACACCUUAUAUCUUUAAACUAGCACACCUAGGCGUUGUUCUUGUAUAUGUUCCGUAUGCUUGAUCAGUUGGCUUUUCUUAAUCAAUAAAAUUUGUUUACCGAUAAUAUAUAUAUAUUAUGAUGGGAUCCCGUUUGGAUGUAUUCUCAAUAAAUAAUCAUUGCUAUUAGCAUAUUAUUUUGAUCUAGUCGUCUUCAAUAAAUAUGCUGCUGUAGCUCAGAAAUUUGUUAUCGGUACUCAUUUAUGUUGGACAGCCUCCAUAAAACUUUAAAUGCACUAAAUCUACAUGACUUUCUUGUAUCCUUUUCUUCUUAGAUAGGCGUCUCUUUUGAUACUUCCUAUAUACUUGAGUUGUGCACACGUUUCCACUUACUAGUAGGGAAUUAUUACUCAUACAAAAAUAAGUAAAUACAGUGCAGGGUGCGUUAUCUUGAUGCGGCUGAUUCAUCUGGCAUCACUAAUAUCAGCAACAGAUAUUGAGCCUGAGGAGGAAGUUGAAGCUGUUGAAGUUCAUGGCCAACUGUCACUGGGAACAUCUGCAUGGUUCCAAUGGCUACUGUGAGCGGAAGUUAUCCGCUGACGGCGCAAGUAAUAAUUGGGUGUAUAAUCGGAUUCGCAAUUUACUGCAUAUAAAUUGUUGAAAGCACAGGUCAUUAAGCCAAAAUAUGUCAAUGUAGGUCUCCAUAGCUUGGUGGACCAUGUGAACAAACACAAAUGAAGUAGGAUGAGUAUGAAAUCAACUAUUUCUGAUUUUAUCAAAAUUUAAAGAAUCAGAUAAUUUAUCUUACAGAUUA